GUGUCAUUGUCAACUUUGUGCGCGAAAGUGCGAAAGUAAAUAAGAUGUGUUUCAAAUCUUAAAGAAAGUAAUAAAUAAUUUAACUUAACAAUUAUCAUGUGAAUUUCAUGUUAUACAUAAAAAUGGAUAAACCGAAGAAAAAGGUAAACUUAGACCGUUGCUUAGAAUGGCUCAAGAAACAAAAUGAACAGGAACCAAAAAAGUUGGCAUUGCAAAACAAAAACGAUAUACAAUUUAUUAUACAAACUAACGCUGAUAGAAAGAACUUUCUCCUCGCCGCUGCUGAAGAUGAGGCUACUGUGCCCUCGGGUGUUGAUGAUCAGGAAACAGAGCCUAAACCAAUUCCAUUGCGUGAAUUACGACGAUCAGGUUUAGUAUUAGAAUGCGAAUGGCUGUCGUGUCGCUGCAAGUUUUCUGAGUACGAGGAAUUCCAAAAACAUGUUGCGAAACAUGUUUCUGAUCUGCAUCUCAUACCAAAAGAAGAUAAAUCUAAUCAAUAUUUUUGCUUAUGGGAUGUAUGUGGACAUAAGACUGUUGACUUAUCAGAGAUGGUCCGUCAUAUCAACUAUCAUGCAUAUCACGCGAAGCUCUUGGCUAUUGGUUUAAAUGGACGAGCCACACUGAACUUGGCUGAGUGUAAGAAAGACUCAAGUAAAAGGAACCAAUUGCCCAGUAAAAUUAGUGAACAUUCCUGCUUAUGGAUUGGAUGUACAAACAGUUAUCAAGCAAUAGAGGUAAUGUGCUCAUUGCACAUAAAUCGUACAAAAGUUCCAAACUCUUCUUUCAGGGCGAUCACAAAACGCGAUUUACGUAAACACAUACCGACUCAUACACGUAAAAAGAGGAAACUAAAAGAUACAAGUGAGAUAUCCGAUGAAGAUUCCGAUGAAGUGAGGAAGCCUAAAGAGAAGAGGAAGUAUGUGUGUCACAUGUGCGCGGGGAAGGAGAAGAAGAUAUUCUCUCGCGGGUCGCGGCUCACCACGCACCUGGUGAAGGUGCACGGUGCGCAGUGGCCCUGCGGCUACAGUCGUUUUAGAUAUCAACUUAGCGAGGACGGUAUGUACCGUUUAACAGAAACUAGAUUCGAAGAGUUCGAACUAUCACAGAAAAUAGUAGACGGUUACAGCGACCCAAAGAAAUCUCUCACUGAUUCCUACGACUUUGAAGUACAAAGAAUAUCGGAAGCCACCGCGACUUCGCCCGUGCACUUCGAAAUACGCUUAAAAAAUGAUAAAAACGACCAACCAGAUGACACUUCAGUAGAAAUAACUAUGUGCGAUGUUGAUGAACAAGGAAAUAUCAUUAACUCUGAAGUUAUUCAGUCAGAUGUAGUUUUUACUUGACUGGCUGAUGCACGCGACUUCGUCCACGUAAAAUUUAAUAUAACCUAUGUUUAAUAUGUGAAAGAUUUUCAAAUCGGACCAGUAGUUUUUGAGUUAUUUCAAUAGAAAAAAAAAUACAUAUGUGCCAGUACAUAGCAUGCAAGUAACUAGAAUAUUUGAUUUUACGACUAGGGUUAGGACUUGGGAGGAGUUUUACGUUUUACUGCCAUGAGUAUACGCAAUGCACCAGCUAAGCCAGCUGCUGGCAUGCUACUACUCCAUUUGACUGGAAUGUGUAUUCCUGACAUGUUUCCAACCUUAGUUACUUUGACUUAACCUUUUUAAAAGUUUUAAGUGUAGGUUUUAAUCACUAUAGUCUAGCUCUAUCCAUAGACAAGAAUAUUAUUUGUACAUGUAUUUUGUUUUUAAGAAGUAUAAGGAUAAUUCAUACAUUUUGGUAUUAAAACUUUUCUAGAUGUAUUUUUUUAAUAUUUAGUAUUGUAAUUUGUGAAACGUUUUUUUUAAUGCUUA